CGCAUCAAAGCCCGUUUUUUUAACAUAUCGCUAAUUUGCGCCCCCGCCCCGACGGAAGAGAAGGACGAUGCGACCAAAGAUUCUUUCUAUGAGCGCCUGGAAGGUUCCUAUUAGCGCUGCCCCCGCCACGACAUAAAAAUCGUGCUUGGCAACUUCAACGCCAGGGUGGACAAGGAGGGAAUUUUUGGUCCCACAGUCGGAAAAUUCAGCCUGCACAACGAAACAUCCGGUAACGGACAGAGGCUGAUCGACUUCGCCGGGGCCCGAAACAUGGUAGUCUGCAGCACCAGAUUCCAGCAUAAGAAGAUUCACCAAGCCACCUGGCUAUCUCCUGAUCGAAAAACACGAAACCAGGGGUCGAAUCGUGACAGUCGUUAACGAAACGACAAUCGUUCGAACACAAAUUACGUGAGUCGAUAAUCGAAUGAACGAGUUGGGAUCAUAACAGUCGAAAGAAGACGUAUCGUAAUUGUAAUUUUGUUUAUCGACUAUUUUUCUCAUCUUCUUCGUUUUUUUAAGUCACAAUAGAAUUUGAAGUGUCAAAAUAAACCGCAGAAAGUAACGAAAAUAUAAAAAGUUUAAAUGGAUCCGAGUAUUUUCUUUUAUUUAAGUUCCAGCGAUGAAGAAAAUAAUGAAAGAGUUGUGCGAAAACAACUUCGAGACAAAAGCAAUCCGCUAGCAUUAUCAAACAAUGCUUCCUCAGGUUUAUCAAAAGGUUUCGCUUAAGCAAAGAAGCAUUUAAUUAUAUUUUAAAUAACAUAAAUAUAAAUUGCCAAGACACAAAAGCUGUUCCGGCGGUGCUCCAACUGGCUGCGUGUCUCAGCCUACUCGCAAGUGGUGGCUAUCAGCAUGCAAUAGGCAAUGACUAUUUGAUAGGAAUGUGCCAGAGCAUUGUCUCGAAAUUAACGGGCAAUGCUUUGGAAGAAAUUGAAGCCAAAUUGUGUCCUAAACAUAUUAAAUUUGAGCCAGAUGAUUCGAGAAGGUGCAAAGAUUGGUUUGUUGAGAACUAUCAAAUUCCAGGAGUGGUUGGAUGCAUUGAUGGCACCCACAUUGGACUACAAAAGCCCACGGUCAACGAGCACAUGUAUUUCAACAGGAAGGGUUUUCAUAGCAUAAAUGCGAUGUUGAUUUGCGACCACACUACGAAAAUUCUCGCAAUAAACUGCCAAUAUGGGGGUGCAGCCCACGACUCAUUCAUAUGGAAGCAUUCAAACGAACGAAUGGUUAUGGAACAUCGUUUUUUGCACAAUAGGAGUGACAAUGCCUGGCUGCUAGGGGACUCUGGAUAUCCACUUGAGCCGUGGUGCAUAACACCGUACAGAAAUCCAUCGGACGGAUCAGGUGAAGCAAGGUUCAAUGAAAUUCAUUCCAAGGCACGGUGCAUCAUUGAACGAACUAAUGGUGUACUGAAAGGUCGGUGGAGAAUCCUAGAAUACAACAAAAGCGGAAGAUAUGAUCCUAUAAAAGUGGCUAGGUUUGCGAAUGUGUGUGCAGCGCUUCACAACAUUUGUAUACAAUUUAAUGGGAGCUUUACAGCAACAAAUUCAGAGAGUCAAACCGCAUCUGACAUAGUGUCUGGAGAAGGCCAGUAUACUAGAAUCGGCCAAACAAUCAGAGAUCAAAUUAAAAUCUCGUUGAUGAACUCGACAUAACCAUCUUGUUUUCAUAUUGUACUAUUAUGCUAUGCAUUUAAUGCUUUUUUUUACUCCAUUUAAAAACGUAAAAUUUAGUUAAUUUAAACUAGAACAAAA